GUUUGCGUCUGCUCGUAAACCGGAAGUUCGUCACCAGCUCGCGACCGUAGCCAUUUUGACGACAGAAGUGAAGAAGAAGAAGGAAAGUGCGUGUUUGUAGUUCAGCGGCUGAUUUUUCACAAAUAAACCGUCAACAUGGCUAUGCAGGCAGCAAAACGCGCUAAUAUACGACUUCCUCCAGAGGUGAACAGAAUCCUCUACGUCAGGAAUCUUCCCUACAAGAUCACAGCUGAGGAAAUGUACGAUAUCUUUGGGAAAUACGGACCAAUACGUCAAAUCAGAACAGGGAACACACCUGAAACCAGAGGAACAGCCUACGUCGUGUAUGAAGACAUCUUCGAUGCCAAGAACGCCUGCGACCAUCUGUCAGGUUUCAACGUCUGUAACCGCUACCUGGUGGUCCUCUACUACAACGCCAACAGAGCUUUCCAGAAAAUGGACACAAAGAAGAAAGAGGAGCAGCUGAAGCUUCUAAAAGAGAAAUACGGCAUCAACACAGACCCCCCCAAGUAGACGCCCUCAAACCGCUUCUAUCUGUACAAACGUCACAUGUUGCUCACUCCAUGCUGGUGAUGAUCUGCUGAUUCAGUUCUUAAUAUUUUUUAAUCACUUUGUUCUGUUGGAUUUUUCUUUUUAUUGUCAGACUUGCAUUCACAGAUCUGUCCCAUCCUCUGGUUGGUCUGGCAGGAUGUUUUUGGGCUGUUUUUUGUGCAGCCACAGAGAACGCUGCUUCUUAAAAUUCCCUCGUCAGUUUGAUUUUCAGGGCUUCAAAUAUUUGUUAUGUUAUUGUCAAAAACUGAUUCUAAAGGCUGUAGAUUAACGACAUGGUUGUAGUUUUCCCCCUCAUAAACACGUUAAAAGUUUCCAAACUGCUUUUAUUUUUAAUUUAUAGCUUUCACAUGAGUUGGGCUUGAAUGACACGAACCAACAAUGCAAAGGAUCUAAUUUCUGUAAAAUAAAUGUUCUUUUUCUUAAA